AAGGCCAAUCUGCUGACAGGUUCGAUCAUAACGCUGACUCCGAAGGCAAGGCAGGAGCUGGAGAAGUGGUGUGUGAACAAGCUAUCGGCCUUCCAGACCGGAAAUGUCGACAUUCCUACUCUCAUAUCUGUACUCUGUGACAUGGAGGAAGAUCAAGAUGUUCUUGAGUGCAUUGAGUCGUCUUUCGGUAAGUCGCAACGCGUGUCGAAUUUCUCCAAAGCUUUCGUCGAGAAGCGUGCCAAUUUGAUGGGCGCGACGGCUUAA